UCUAAACACUGUCCAAGUUCUCAAAACUUCAGUCAUUGAGUGAACUAUUUAGAAUGCACAUUCAGUUAGCAAUGUUUAUCCUUUGCACUGCUGUCAUAGAUCAGCUAUAUUCGAUUCGCUUUUUUGAACCCCCAAUCUUUAAGACCAAAGUAAACAAAUACAAGUUGCGUGGUAAACUGGUUUCCCCAACUCCUCCAGAAAACUAUUGCCGCAAAGGUCUAUGUCCAGAGAAUGUGAAACACAUCGCCUGCGGCAAUCCAUUUUGGGGAUCACAUUGUGAAAAGCCCCGAUCAGGUGUCAACGUGGAAAAAAUCGAGACAGACAUCAUCGACGUUCAUAAUAACAUACGUGAGAAUAUGUCGAAAGUCAGUUGGCAAAAUCUGCCCAUAGCUAAGGGCUUGCCUAAGUUGAAAUGGAACCAAGAUCUUUCCGUUCUGGCCAUGAGGAUCACAAACUAUUGCAACAAUGCAACUGGCAUGGACUGUGUAAAUACACCACGUUUCCUGCAUGUAGGUCGGUCUUCAACGGAUUGGCAAAUUCCUCCUCAGAACAGUAAUAUGAAACCAGAGGAUUUUCUAAUUUUGGCAAUUAAAUAUAUAGGUGGCAACUUCCUUAGGGUAAAUGCAAGUUUUGUUGAGAGUUUUCCAUCGGAUGCCUCGAAUUGGGAUUAUGCAUUCGCAAAUAUAAUUAAUCAAAGAGCGAACGAAGUGGGAUGCGGCAUGAUGACACGAAAACCCGGUAGAUUACCUUGGUACUAUAUCACCUGUUUAUAUGACACGGAUGUAAAGCCUGGCCAAAAAUUGUAUGAUUUUUAAAGUUUAAUUUGAUUACAUAUUUCACGACAGAAAUAAAAUGUUUGUUAUCUCAAAUAAAUAUAAGUUUUCU